AUGGAUUGGAACAACCUCAGAGACACGGUCUCCAACAUGACCCUGUACGACGUCAAGGCUGGCGUCAGAAAGGUCCAGAAUGCCGUGAUGAAUUACACGGAAAUGGAGUCCAAGGUCCGAGAGGCAACAAACAACGAACCUUGGGGCGCGUCCUCAUCACUGAUGCAAGAGAUUGCCAACGGCACCUUCAACUAUGCUACUCUUAACGAGAUCAUGCCCAUGAUUUACCGUCGGUUCACAGAAAAGUCCGCCGAAGAGUGGCGGCAAAUCUACAAGGCUCUUCAGCUUCUCGAGUUCCUGAUCAAGCACGGCUCCGAACGAGUCAUCGACGAUGCCCGCGGCCACAUUACACUACUCAAGAUGCUCCGCCAGUUCCACUAUAUCGAUCAGAACGGAAAGGACCAAGGGAUCAACGUUCGCAACCGUGCCAAGGAAUUGGCCGAACUUCUCGGCGAUGUCGAGCGCAUCCGGACCGAGCGCAAGAAGGCGCGGGCCACCAAGAACAAGUACACCGGCGUUGAGGGUGGAAUGAGCAUGGGCGGCGGAUUCUCAAGCGGGAGCGGCAGUCGCUAUGGGGGCUUCGGAAGCGAGACCGGAGGCUACGGUGGCUACUCUGGCGGCGUCUACGGCGACGGUGGUGGGUUCGGCGGAGAAGAGAGCAACGAUUACGGCAAAACACAAUCACACGGCGACAAGUUUGAGGAGUACGACGAGUUUGAUGACACUCGCCCAGCUGCCAGCUCCUCGUCUUCUCGAUCCAAGAGACCAGAGCGAGCUGCCGCUGCCGCUGCCGCUCCCAAGGCGGAGCCACCCAAGAAGAAGGAGCCCGAAGUCGAUCUCUUCUCCUUUGACGAUCCUGCGCCGUCUUCCAUGCCAGCCCCUGUCGCCCCGGCUCCGUCCAACGGCUCCGGCUUUGCCUCCCUGUCUGCUGCUCCUGCGGCUGCCAACGACGACGAUGACUUUGACGACUUCCAGUCCGCGCCUUCGGCUCCCGCAGCAGCAACCUCCAUGUCCCCUCCCGUCAUGACAGCCAACUCUGCCACGACCUUCGCCGCUCCCCAGCCGGUCUCUGCGCCUCAACAGGCCAACAUUGGCAACAUGGUCAGCAUGUCUUCCAUGUCACCCGCUCCGAGCGCCAACUACUCAGCUUUCAGCACCCCCGCUGUUGCUUCUCCUGCCGCACAAAUCAAGCCUACUGGAUACCAGCCUUCAGGGCCCAACUACUUUGGCUCAGUUCAGACUGCGGUCCCGCAGGCUACUGGUGGGUCUUUUGCGUCUACUCCUGGUGCUCCAGCGGCGGCAAAGCCGGCUUCAGCUGCUGCUAAGCCGGCCGCUGCCGGUGGUGAUGCUUUUGGUGCCCUGUGGUCACAGGCUAGCUCCGGCGUGAAGAAGACAAGCACACCCACUGCCGGCCCGGCCUUGGGCCAGCUUGCGAAGGAGAAGAGCAGUGCCGGAAUCUGGGGUGCCCCUGCUGCGGCGUCGACACCGAAGCCUGCUGGAAACUCCUCCUCCUCCGGCGGAAACCACGGCCUGGACGACUUGCUUGGUUAA